AUGGAGAAUACAAAUGGCACCACAGAUAUAAACUUCAUACUUCUAGGACUCUUUAACCACACUCAAAUCCACCUGUUCCUCUUUGCCAUGGUGCUCAUGAUAUUCAUCAUCUCACUGAUGGGUAAUGCACUUAUGAUCAUUCUCAUCCACAUGGAGCCACGACUUCACACACCCAUGUAUUUCCUGCUUAGCCAGCUUUCCCUCAUGGACAUGAUGCUGGUCUCAACCAUUGUUCCCAAAAUGGCAGCCAACUACCUAACAGACACUAAGUUUAUCUCUCCCAUGGGCUGUGGAGCCCAGAUAUUCUUAUUUGUCACUCUAGGAGGGGGUGAGUGCUUCCUCCUAGCAGCUAUGUCCUAUGACCGCUAUGUGGCCAUAUGUCACCCAUUGCGCUACCCCAUUCUCAUGAAUCAGAGACUCUGCUUGCUUAUGACAGCAGGUUCCUGGCUUCUGGGAGUGCUAGAUGGCUUACUGCAGGCUGGUGCCACUUUGAGCUUUCCAUAUUGUCACUCACGGAAAAUCAAUCACUUCUUUUGUGAAGCACCAUCACUGGUGAGACUUGCCUGUGCUGACACCAAGAUUUUUGAGUUUUUCAUGUAUAUCUGCUGCAUUUUGAUGCUCUUGAUCCCUUUCACUCUCAUUUUGGCUUCCUACAGCCUAAUCCUGGCUGCAGUUAUCCACAUGCAGUCAGUUGCAGCCCGGAAGAAAGCUUUUACAACUUGCUCCUCUCACUUGGCAGUUGUGGGACUUUUCUUUGGUACCACCACAUUCAUCUACAUGAGGCCCAAAUCUUACCAUUCAGUGAACCAUGAUAAGGUGGUCUCAGGUUUUUAUACCAUCCUUACACCUGUGUUGAAUCCUCUUAUAUACGCAGUGAGAAAUAAAGAAGUUAAGGGGGUCUUGAGCCGGUGGAUGGAAAAACAUUUUACAUGA